AUGGUGGGUGGUGUUAUUGUUGUGGUUGUUGUGGCUCUUAUAUCCAAUAUUCCAUCAGAAACGGCAGCAACAAGAGAUAUAUUCCAUCAAAAUCCAAUUGCUAAGACAUUACUUUCAACACCACCAUCGCUAUCUCCUCCUCAUGCUUCCACCAAAGAUAAUGAUGUCUGCAAAACUCUGGUGGAGCCACAUGGCUACAUUUGCCAAGAUUAUCAGGUAACAACAGAGGAUGGUUAUAUUCUUGGGAUGCAAAGGAUUCCAGCUGGACGCUCAGGCAAGAAAGCAAACAAACCACCUGUUUUAAUACAACAUGGGAUUGUCUCGGAUGCUGCCUUAUGGUUAGUGAGUUCCCCAGAUCAAUGUUUGCCCUUCAUCAUGGCUGAUAAUGGUUAUGAUGUUUGGCUUUCCAACGCUCGUGGUACAUCUUCUAGUCGGGCCCACAAAUCACUUUCUCCAAAUGAUGCGAAAUUCUGGGAUUGGACAUGGGUUGAAUUGGCUGCUUAUGACCUUCCUGCGUUUGUCGAAGGUGUGCACAAUCAAACCGGCCAGAAUCUACACUAUGUUGGUCAUUCCUUGGGAACUUUGAUGGCUCUUACUGCAUUUUCCCAAGAUUUCAAGCCGAUUAACAUGCUGAGAUCGGCCACUUUACUUAGCCCAAUUGCUUAUAUGAAUCAAAUCCCCAGCAUAUUAUUAAAAACUAUUACUGAAUUUUUUUUAGCUGAGGCAGGGAAUUUGUUGGGCCUCCAUGAGUUUGUUCCCGCAAGCAAAGAAGUUUCCACCAUUUUGGGAUUUGUCUGUAAUACACCAGGCAUUGACUGCGCCUCCUUAGAGACUGCUUUAACAGGCCCAAAUUGCUGUAUCGAUAAACGCACGGUAGAACGUUAUAUUGGUCAUCAACUUCAGUCAACUUCUAUGAAGACUUUGGUUCAUCUUUCUCAGAUGAUCAGAACUGGGACAAUAAGAAAGUACGAUAAUGUUAUUAUUAACGAAAACAUGAAGCAGUAUAAUCAGCCAACUCCUCCUGCAUACGACUUGAGUAAAAUUCCAAAGGAUCUUCCUCUUUUCAUGAGUUAUGGAAAGAAUGAUUAUCUUUCAGAUGUAAAUGAUGUGAAAGUUUUACUUGACAAGAUUAAAGAUCAUGACAAGGACAAGUUGGUGGUACAGUUUGUGGAUAAUUAUGCUCAUAUGGAUUUUGUUAUGGCUAACAAUACCAAACAUGUUGUGUUCGAUCGUGUAACGGCCUUCAUUGCUCUCCAUUAAGCUACCUUUGUAGUUACAACCCCAUGAAUUAAGUAAUUCUAUGCAAAGUCAUACAUAGUAACCAUACAUCUCAAGUCACUGACAUAUUAUUGUAUAUACAUA